AUGGACCCACGAUUCGAGGCGCGCGUCCACGAAGUUCGUUCGGGUUCGGAGGACCCGCAAUAUCUUAAGAACCCGAAGCGCGUAACUGACGAGGAAUUCGAGGACUACAGUGAUGUUGAGGAUUCCGAUGAGGAAAACGAGACCGCAGAAGACGAGGAUGCGGCGCCGACACUGGACGACUCGACCGACGCUAUUCUCCUGCACGGCAUUCUCGAGGGCACGCGCAAUGACCCCUACGUCGCCAUUUACCUCGGCCCCGCCCGUGUCGCGCGCACAAGAGUGGUGCACAACAAGCGGCACCCCGUGUGGGAGGAGACUUUCCGCAUCCCCGUCGCGCACCACUGCUCCUCGCUCUCCUUCACGCUCAAGGACGACGACGCAGUGGGUGCGAAGCUCAUCGGCAAGGCGAUCGUGCCGGCCGCCGCGCUCUGCGGCGACACUCCCGUCUCCGCGUGGUUCGACGUUGCCACGUCGGGGCGCGCGCCGUCCGCGCACCCCGCGCAGCUGCGCCUGUCGCUCCGCCUCGCGCCGGUAGCAAAGGACCCCGCGUACGGGGCGGGCUGGGGGCACGACUCGCGCGUGGAGGACUCGUACUUCCCGCUGCGCCGCGGUUGCCGCGUGACGCUGUACCAUGACAGCCACGUGUCCUCGUCGUUCGCGGUGCGAGCGGCGCUGGAAGGGGGGAGGACGUACGAGGAGGGGUAUUGCUGGGAGGACAUCUGCAGGACGAUCCUAGAUGCGCGCGAGGUGAUCUACAUAGGCGGCUGGUCCGUGAGCACCAAGAUCGCGCUCAUGCGCGACGCAACGCGCCCGAUGCCGGAGCACGGGGACAUGCCGCUGGGGCAGCUGCUGAUCAAGAAGGCCAAGCAGGGCGUGCGCGUGCUCAUGCUCAUCUGGGACGACCGCACGUCGCUCAGCACCGCCGCCUUCCGAACGGCGGGCAUGAUGGGAACGUUGGACGAGGAGACCUACUCUUACUUCCGCCACACCAAGGUGGUGUGCUUCAAGAUGCCCCGCAUCCCCGACAAGCGCCUCUCCUGGGCCAGGAAACAGCUCGUAGAGAGCAUGUACACGCACCACCAGAAGUUCCUCAUUGCAGACGCAGCACCAGCCGCAGCAGCAGCAGCAGCAGCAGCAGCAGCACAACCGGCAGCAGCAGCAGGAGGAGCAGCAAGGGUGGUGCGGCGGCCGCUGGUGGGGUUCAUGGGCGGGAUAGACCUGUCGGUGGGGCGGUACGACACACAGGAGCACCCGCUGUUCCGCACGCUGCAUGCGGAGCACCAGGGGGACUUCUACCAACACAACGUCAAGACUAAACCUGAUGUGGGACCCAGGCAGCCGUGGCACGACAUACAAUGUAAAGUGGAGGGCUCCAUCGUGUGGGACCUGCUCACCAACUUCGAGCAGCGCUGGCUGCGCGCCACCAAGGGCGCUCGCGCCUCCCCCAGAAAGCGCCUGCACCGCGGGGAUAUUCGGGCACUGCAUGGCAGUGCGGCUGUGCUGCAUAAGCGGGGGUACAGGAUGGGGAGGCGGAGCGUGGUUGGCGGGGAGGUGGGGAGGGGGUAUCGGAGCAGGCUUGUGAGUGGGAAGAGGAGGGAGACGGGGGGAGAGGGAGGGGAGAUGGGGAGAGAGGAGGGGAGGGGGAGUGAGAGGUUUGAGUUGUUUCGAUCCAUAGACUCUGGUUCAGUGGUGGGCUUUCCAAAGAACCCUCUCCACGCCAUGGCACAGUCCCUGGUGGGAGACAAGGGAGUGACAGUCGAUCGCAGCAUUCAAGACGCAUACAUCGCCGCGAUCCGCCGAGCGCACCACUUCAUACACAUCGAGAACCAGUACUUCCUCGGGUCCGCCUAUGCGUGGCCCUCGCACCAGGGCAGCGGCGCGUGGCACAGCAUACCCAUGGAGAUCGCGCUGAAAAUCGCGAGGAAGAUCAAGAGCGGGGAGCGGUUCAGCGCGUAUGUGGUCGUGCCCAUGUGGCCCGAGGGGGAUCCCAAGGGCGCCGCCACGCAGGAGAUCCUCUUCUGGCAGUCGCGCACCAUGGAGGCCAUGUACCGUGUGAUCGCGCGCGCUCUAGACGAGGUGCAGGUAGCGGCGAGGGGGGAGGAAGGGCUGGGGCAGGAGCAGGGGUGGGAGGCGGAGAGGGGGCAGGAGGCAACAGUGAUUGGUGAGGCCGGGGAGAGCGAGGGACAGGGGAAGGCUGGGGUGUAUGCUGGUGGGCAGGGAGUAGAGGGGGGGGAGGGAGGGGAGGGUGGGGAGGGUGGGGAGGGUGGGGCGGGUGGGGAGGUGGGGCAGAAGGGAGGGGGGAAGUUUAGGGAGACUGUGAAGGGGCUGCUGCCACCUGGCGAUGCCGGCACCUCUGCCCCCGCCCCUGCUCCUGCUGCUGCUAGUGAUACCGCUGGUAACCGCACCGAGGGUGACGAUCAAGUCCUUCGGGUGGCACUGUCUAUGUGUCUUCCACCAUGCGUCCUCCCACCUCCACCCAUCCGCGUCCCUCCCUUCCCUGUGUCUCCCUUUCCCUGCCUCCCACUGACCAACUCGGUGUUGCAGCACAGGCGGGCCAUGAUCUACGUGCACUCCAAGAUGAUGGUGGUGGACGAUGAGUACGUGGUGGUGGGGUCCGCAAAUAUCAACCAGCGGUCCAUGGACGGGGCGAGAGACACGGAGAUGGCUGUUGGGGCGUACCAGCCGCACCACACGUGGAGCGAGCGCGGGCACGCACCUAAAGGGCAGGUGCAUGGCUUCCGCAUGGGAUUAUGGGCUGAGCAUCUGGGAUCCCUCUCCCCCAUCCACGACCACCCCUGGACUUUGGAUUGCAUGCGAGCUGUCAACCAAUCAGCGCAAGACAGGUGGAUGCAGUUUGCCGGAGAGGCGCCAGUGGAGUUGCAGGGGCAUUUGGUCAAGUACCCAGUUCAAGUGGGGCGAGAUGGGAGUGUACGCCCUUUACCUGGCAACGCCCCACACUUCGUCAUUCCUGCUGUUCUUCACCCAUUCAGCAACGCCCCACACUUCGUCAUUCCUGCUGUUCUUCACCCAUUCAGCAACGCCCCACACUUCGUCAUUCCUGCUGUGCUGAUGAUCAGUUCAGUUCAGUUCGACUGCCUCGCGUUUCGCUUCGUGCCUUGUUCACCUUCCCAUUUCCUCCUCCUCCAGCCGUCGAUUCUAAUCUACCGGGCCGGAUCUUUGUUCGUUCCCGCGAAUCGCGCUCUUUUCGUCAUGGCUGCGUCCCGGUCCGCUCUCUCACCUCUCCUCGCCUUUUCGCGAAGGAUCCUCGCGACUUCUCCCGCCGCACCGAUCCUCCCUCUUGGCACCCUGAUUGGCGCGCGCUGGCUGCAAACGGGGUCAGCGCCGUCACAUGCGGCGGGGUCGGCGCCUGGAAGCGGUGGCGCGACCCCUCCGAGCGAGGAGGGCGUCGAGACGCACGACGACUUCAAGCCGCAGGUCAAGGCGGCCGAUGGGGUGCUGCCGGUGUACGCGCAGAUUAAGGAGGACAUCAAGUCAUGUCCGGUGGUGGUGUUCAUGAAGGGCCUGCCAUCCGCGCCCAUGUGCGGCUUCAGCGCUGCUGUCGUGCGUGUGCUUGCUGCUCAUGGUGUGGACUUCAAGGGAGUGAACGUUCUGGAGGAUCCAGACCUCAGAGAAGGAAUCAAAUCUUUCAGUGAGUGGCCCACUAUCCCGCAGGUCUAUGUAAACGGGGAGUUCAUUGGUGGCUGCGAUAUUGUCAUGAAGAUGCACCAGUCUGGCGAGCUUGCUGAUCUGCUGAAAUCAUUGAAGGCAGCGCCUGCCGAAUCUUGA